UCGUUCGCUUGCUGCUUUCCACAAGAAAAAAUUAAGUUUAUGCGCACAUAAGGGUUAAAGGUUACUUCAUUAGCAAAGCAGAGCACAAUCAGCUGGAGUCACGAAAUUGAAGAGCGCAUUUACAGAGCGCGUAUGACGCAAAUAGAGAGAGCGUGCUUUUCUUUGCAUACGUUUCAAGCAAUUGAGCGCGUUUCAAUGCGGCACCGCCAGUCCGUUUAUCGUGCCUACGUGCGCGCUAUUUGGCUGCUCUCCGUUCAACGAAAACGUGUGCACAUUCGUAUAUGAAACGCAUGAAAACGGAAAAAAUCUAGUUAUUGUUGAAGCGUUGUUAAGUCAAAACGUAACUUUGUUUCUUAAUUCUGUCGGUGUGAAGCGUUUACGAAAAUGGUUAUAGACGAUUUGAAGUUAAUUCGUGAAGUAAAAAUACGACCAUAUUUCUAUGUGAAAGGUUUGACUGGCUAUCGAAAUUCGACGCUACGCAAAAAAGGUUGGGAACAGAUUGGCGGCAUUUUCGAAACAACGGGCGAAGAAUGUUGCACACGUUGGCGCGUUAUAAGAGACCGUUACGUAAAAUUGAUUGCCAAAAAAGGUGCAAAGAAACCCUUAACAGGUUAUGAUAAAAACUGGACACUUUACAAGCACUUGGGUUUUCUAAAAGCGCACAUUAAACCUAGAACUUAUAAGUUCAAGCAGAGCACUGCUAAUGGCGAAGCGGAACAAGAAGUUGACGAGCACGAGUUUAUACAAAACAUUUCCUACGAAGACACUUUCGAUGAAGACCUAACCAAAUAUGAGUCCAGCGUGGAGGCUGAGGAAUCGCUUAUGUCCAUACCCGAUAUGGAUUGUAAUGAUGAUUUGCCAAUUGAAAUCACCACGGCUGAACCAUACGCGCAAUCCACCGUACCUGACGUAACGCCGCAGUGUAGCGAAUUCCAAGAGAAAUUUUCAGCUUUUACGAAGAGAGUGGAAUUCUUGCUGAAGCAGCGGCUGACAAACGCAUCGGAUGAUAAAAAUGAAGCUUUCUAUCGCAUGAUCGGCGUUAAGCUGGCCGAAUUGCCGGAAGAUGAGCAGGAAGAUGCCAAAUUGCACAUCAUCUCACACGUUUUCGAAAGGGUGAAGACGUAUAAACAAAAGACGCGCUCGCUUAAUAGUACACAUAAUUAGCUGCUAAAAUGUAAUGUAGGAAUUAAAUUUUUUUCUUUUUU